UCACGUGACUGCUGACUCCGCGCUGCUCCGAGGCUGGGGUGUGUAGAGUCACAGCAGGCUUUGACCUGCAUGCUAACUCUGUGCUGCGGUGAAACCGUCUUUUCUGACUUCUUUUAAACCCGAAUAAGCAGCAGUGCUAACAGAUCUGUACUUUCUCUGUGAGCCUGACCAGUCUACAAAGUCUUAUCAAAUGGAUAAUGGAGACUGGGGGCAUAGGAUGACUCACCCAGUCACCUUAAAUGUUGGAGGUCACCUCUACACUACCUCGAUGUCCACGCUCCAGCGGUACCCUGACUCUAUGCUGGGCGCCAUGUUCCGUGGCGACUUACCCACCACGCGAGAUGCUCAAGGAAACUACUUCAUUGACAGGGAUGGCACCCUGUUCCGCUACAUACUGAACUUCCUGCGCACAUCUGAACUGACUCUGCCAGGCGACUUCAUGGAGAUGGAUCUCCUGCGUAAAGAAGCUGAUUUUUAUCAGAUCGAGCCCUUAAUCCAAUGUCUCAAUGACCCAAAGCCACUGUACCCUCUAGACACUUUUGAACAGGUGGUAGAGCUGUCCAGUACCCGCAAACUCUCUAAGUAUUCAAACCCUGUAGCUGUCAUCAUCACCCAGCUGACCAUAACCACUAAAGUACACUCGCUGCUGGAGGGAAUCUCCAACAACUUCACCAAGUGGAAUAAACACAUGAUGGACACAAGAGACUGUCAAGUGUCCUUCACUUUCGGACCUUGUGACUACCAUCAAGAGGUAUCUCUCAGGGUUCACCUCAUGGACUACAUCACUAAACAGGGCUUCACAAUCCGAAACACUCGGGUCCACCACAUGAGCGAACGUGCCAAUGAGAACACAGUGGAGCACCACUGGACAUUUUGCAGGCUUGCUUACAAAGUAGAAGACUGACAAAGCUCCAAACUGUGCUAAACUGCUGAUGCCAGUGCUAUAAGUUCAUUAGGCUGCAUAUAUUUCAUUGUUCGUUAUGUGACCAAACUCAGUAAUGAGAGGAAAAGGGAAAAUAGUAAUAUAACAGUUAUCAACCAAAUGAUUGUUUUAUUCAUUCUGCAAGUUUUUUUUUUUUUUAAUAAGAUCAUUCCAGGUAGUGUCAAGAAGUUUAGGACAAUUUUAAUCCAUGUGCUGUAGCCUGCUAUAGGAUCCAGAAAUAUGCAGACAGCUUUUAGUCAAUCAUGUAGCAAAAUAAUUAUUCAUAUAUUCACUCCAGAUAAAAAAAAAAAAAUACUACAAAGAAUUUGCACUAUGUGCAUCAUCACAAUGCUGAGUGCAUGCAUGUUAUAACAUGUACCUAAAGUAUUAAACUGUUGUGUCACAUUAGACAACUCUUU